UUUCCUACGAACUUGCUUGAAGCCCUAAUCCCGUCUCGAGCGACGCGAGGGAGAGGGGAAGAUUACGAGGAUCCUUUUGAUCGGCGUCUUCCUUUGUUUCUCGAUUGAUCGAUCCUAGGGAUCCAUGGAGUUGCCGCAGAACGAUUUCGAUCGGAUCGUCUUCUUUGAGCACGCGCGCAAGACCGCGGAGGUCGUUUACGCCAAGAACCCCCUCGAUGCCGAUAAUCUCACGAGAUGGGGCGGAGCACUUCUUGAACUAUCCUCGUUUCAGAGUGGUAGCGACUCCAUAAAGAUGGUCGAAGAUGCUGUAUCGAAACUGGAGGAAGCCUUGGAGGUGAAUCCAAGCAAGCAUGAUACUCUUUGGUGCUUGGGAAACGCCCAUACAUCUCAUGCUUUCUACACACCGGAUCACGAGGCUGCUAAGGUUGAAUUUGACAAGGCAGCUCAGUGCUUCCGGCAGGCUGUGGAGUUGGAUCCUGGGAAUGAGCUGUAUCUUAAGUCACUGGAAUUAUCAAACAAGGCACCUGAAUUGCAUCAAGAACUCCAAAGGCAGAUGGCAAGUCAGCAAGCUUCACAAGGAGCAACCACUGCUUCGAGUAUGAAGACUCCCAAGAAGAAAAAAGACAGCGACCUAAAGUAUGACGUGCUUGGCUGGGUAAUCCUUGCGAUUGGUAUUGUUGUGUGGGUCGGGAUGGCCAAAUCUCAUGUUCCUCCCCCUCCACCAAGGUAAGGUCAUCAGUUUCCUUAUCGGCAGGUGGAAUGUUCCGCUUUUAGAACCCCAUGCAUGAAGUUUGCAAGAAAGCAACGAUCUCUCAAGGUGGAAGUAUGAUGAUGGGGUGUAGUUCUCUAAAUUGUUGUUUCAUGGCUAUCCUUUAAGAGCCUAUUUGGAUGAUUUGCUUCAGUAUUCAUAGUUCUUUCUUUCCUUUCUUAAAGUUGGUAGCCUCUCUUCUUUUCAGCAAAAAGAGGCUUGUGUUUGCAAUAAUCCCAAAAUUUUGUUAUAAAUUUUAAUAACGUUUCUGGAGGCUUCACAAUACUGACCAUAAAACUCACUAGUCUUAUUUGUUCA